AAUCCCCUAAAGCGAAAGUACACGCCUCCUUUAAUAAUCUUAUAAAGAAUGUGUGUAAAACUUCAAACACAUUUAAAGCGAAAUCAUACACACGAAAUUAAAGCUAUUUGGAUCUUAUUUUGUUAUUAACUUAUAUAUAAGUGUUCCUACACAUUUAAAAAUGUCUGGAAGAGGAAGAGGUCGUGGUAGAGGAGGGUCAAAUCGUGGCCGAGGAGGUAGACGGGGUCGUGGAGGGUUUGGUCGAAGCCGAGUUUCAAGAUCACAGAAUUGUAGAUCGCGAUCUCCGUCACCUGACACUAUUACAGAAGUGGCUGAACCUUCGAUGAAUGAUGUAAAGUCAUUUUUUAUGGGGAAAGUAUCAUUUGAGCAGCACUAUCAAGGACAAGAAGAAAAUAGAGAUAAAUAUGCUGCUGCUAUAUCUACAAUGAUGAACAGUGGUGUAGAUGUUGUACAAAAUGCACGAGUACGUGCGUUAGCAGCAAGCUGGGCAAGAAAGGACCAGGAGCUGGCCAGUGCAUUGAUUUCUGUUCGCAGUCAAUACUCCUUUGUAGAAGUCUUGAAAGCAUUAACUAUCUUGGAUGCAGGAAGGUCGGCACGUGUUGUUGAGAAAAAAAUCAAAAGGCUACAAUGUCAGAAAACAAAAGUGUCAGCCGCGAAGCUCGGGAAACUAAAAUCAGAGCAUGACAAUUUGUUAGCUCUUAAACCCAACAUCGGAACAGCAACUGGUGCCGUUGUAAAGCAGGUGAAUAAAUGGGUGAAGACGUUUACAAAAGAUGAACUGGAGUUCUUCGCUUUACAUUUUCCUGUAGACCCUUGGAAGAAGAUAGCAGACAUUUGCCACUUCAAUCCUGAAAAAGACUUUCCAGCGUUACCAUGGUUCCUAGGAUUUUGUUUUGGAAAAACAGCUCCAGAAGAUUCAAUUGUACACAGUUGCAAAGAUAUAAACGAAAAUAAUGUAAAUGAAUUGGUCCAAUCACAUCCAGUUCCGUAUGGUCACGUCAAAAAUUUGGACAAACACCUUACAGAGGAUAGUAAGAAAGCCAUAGCGUUGAAGGAGAAGAAAAUUGACACAUUAUUGUGGUAUUAUGAAAAUUUGACCUGUGCAUCGUUUGAUAAAGUUUUGAUGGAACGUUUAAAUGACGGCGAAAAAGUAACAUUGGCAAAUGGCAAAUUAAUGGAACGGUUAUUGAUCCUUAAAAUGGCCAGAGAGGGCAUAAAGGCAAACCCAGACGAAAUAUAUUUCACAUGGGAUUGGGAUGCACAGCCAAAUGGACCAAAUCUAGAAAAUCAGGAAAAUCUAAUUGAAGAAUCGAAAUCUCCUUUUUUAAAUCAUCUAAUCGGACAAGCUGAUGAAAAUAUCAGCAAAAUCAGGUUACCACUUGAAGAACCGAUUGUUAUAGUUGGUGAUGCCUCAGGAUCGAUGGAAGUUGCUAUCAAAACCAGUGUUAUAAUUGCUGGAAUUUUAACCAAAAUUACCUCUGCCAAAUUGGUUUUCUUCGACGAUCACUCUAGAGAUGCCCCAUACCUCCCCGAAAAUGUAGAACAAGUUUUAGAUUUAGCACUGUCCACAAAAGCAGAUAAUGCAACAGCACCAGCUGCUAGUCUGUAUCCAUUCUACAAGAACAAGGAAAUUGUUAAAACAUUUAUCAUUGUGACAGAUGAAGGAGAAAAUGAACAGUGUGAGGAAUUCUGGUUUGCCGAGUUAUUUGACAAAUACUACAAAGAGGUAUUCCCAGCUAGACUUGUCUUUGUAUCGUUUUUACCACAACAUAGUGAAGGUCAGAUGGUAAAAGACCUCAAGGAUAAAGGGUAUAAUCCACUCCAGUUUAAACUUGAUGACAACAAACCAGACUUAACUAAACUCGAUAGUCUUAUAGCUUUAUUGUCCCUGGAGACUACAGACUUUAACGACGAAGUCUCUACAACAGAACAGAAAAUUAAAUUAAACGGACUUUAUUCAGUGUUUUCCGAAUUGAGCUUAAAAUGAAAUCAAAGUUCGUGUCUGUCUGAAGAGUAGUUUGAUCAUGUUGAUAUCACCAAAGAUAACCAAACGCUUACAUCGUCCAUGGUUUGUCUUGGAAGGUUAAGUCAUCAAUGCGUAUCAUAUACGCGAAAAGAAUGAAGAGAGGAAAACACAUAGUGUCUGAAAAAAAAGACGGGGAAAGUACAUAUGUUAUCUCCUACUUUCCAGUAAUACUUGAACACACCCGCGAAAUCGCGGGCAUAUACAGCUUGUGAACUGUUGUGGGAUGAUUUUUUGUUAAAGAUAUUAUGUAUUGAGAAUUACAUAAAAGGUAUCUCCCUUUUUCCAAAGUCCGAUGUUUGUUUCCUUUCUGUUAAAUUCAAUUAUAUUCGUGUCUCUGGCCUACGACCACAAUUAUUCUUCUCCUUUGCUACAAUGCUUCUUUUGGUAAAAGUCAAAUCAAAUUGAAAAUUUGCACCGUUUCAAACAUAAAAUAAAUGUAACUGCUUAUAUAUAGACCAUUAUUAGUCUACUAUGCUUCCAUGACAACCCAUCAGUGCUUUUAGAGCCUUUUUUUUUUUUAAAUAUGCCAAUGGUAGGAUUUGAAUCAUGUAUAAUAAAUGACUUAUACCGACUUAGGCUUAUUUGAGGGGUUGUCGAUCGGAGGGGUCCUGAUCCCGAAAUUCCGGGCUUAAAACCAUGAAAUCCCGAGAUGCAGAAUUUAAGAAAUUCAUAUCCCGAAAUCGAAAAAUAUAUUCCCGGAUCCCGUAAGGAUCAAUCCCCAAAUCCCUAGCAUAAAAACACCCGAUCC